UAGUCAAAAGCAAAGUUUUUCAUUGGUAUAUAUCGCUAAAAUCACGCUUUUCCUCGGCAGUACGAUACCCACCUUCGCCGACCCAAGUCUUCUCUCUUUCUCUCUGAUCAUCAAUGGCGGAAGCCAGAUUCACCCUUGCCCUUUUAGUUUCUCUUUCUGCAAUAUUUGCUUCUAGCUUCGCCGACCCCAUUGAUUUCCGGCUCUGCAGCAAGAAGAACUAUGAUGUGAAGGUCAGCGGAGUUGACAUAACACCCAGCCCUGUGCAAAGAAGCGUAAACACAACUUUUACUAUAUCGGCUUCCACAGAUAAAGGCAUACCUGGGGGGAAAAUGCAGAUCGAUGUCAAAUACUGGAUAUUUAAUGUCUACAGUGAGACACAUGAACUUUGUUCAGAGACAUCUUGCCCUAUUUCUGCCGGCAAUUUUGUCCUAGUGCACACCCAAGCGUUGCCUGGGAUAACACCCCCUGGCUCCUACACGCUUACCAUGAAAAUGAUGGAUGAAAAGAAACACGAGCUGGCAUGCAUCAGCUUUGACUUCAGCAUCGGUUUUGUUGCCGCAGAGGAUCCCAAGGCAGCAGUUGCUGAUGGCUAAGUCCCUGCUCGACUAUUUCUUCAGUGCGCGUCUUUUGCUCAUCUUUGUAACAUAUGUUAGAUCUGGGGGCGUGGUGGGGAGGUCUGCGUACACACACACUCCUAAAAACCUACUUUCGUAGGAUUCUACCGGUUUGUUUGUUUGUAAUAUACGUUAAAUGCUUAACGUUUUCAGUUUUUUUAUUAAACAAUUAAAGGCCCCAACAAACUCCCAUGUGAUUGCAAUCGUUUGAGGCUGUACAUCUUUUCCAUUUG